CUUGGAAUGUUUUGGCAGUGCAGACCUCCUCUUCGGCUAUAGGACGCGAUGACAUUACUGUGGCAUCCAAGGAGAAGCUGGUCUCUUAUCUCGUUGGACUUGGACUCCUCGGAUAAUAUUUCAGAUGAAGCGUUGCAGAAAUUCCUCAUGCGCCAUGGCCAACAGUUGGCCGCAUGCUGUCUCUCUGGCAUGCCACAUAUUACCGAUCAGCUCUGGAUGAGCAUAUUGCCUGUGCUGUCGAAUGCAAAAAUUAUUGUUAUGGGAACAGCGGAAAAACUUGGCGUCAAUAUACACGUCGAUCAAUUAAUGGAUACGAUUGCGUCGAGCUGUGGAAAUUUAGAGCGAUUAGAGCUAAGAUGGGAUCCGGAUAAUUUGCGUUUCUCAGACAAGAGUCAAAAAGCCAUUGAUUUACUCCGUGUCAAAGGUCUCAAGUUGCGCUGCAUGGUUUUGAGUGAUGGUCGAUACUAUGAGACGGUGAAGGCGAAUUUCGAGCGCGCCGAUCGUGUAACUGUCGUACGCACUACGACCUGUUGCCGCGUAUCACCUUACCAUUUGUUGCGCAAUUACAAUGAAUUGAUUUUCAACUAAGAACGUAAUAGAAUUAUUCAGUGUUGUUGUUUUACUGGCCAUUUUUUGUGAACUGAAAUGUUAUUGUUGCUUUUUUAAAUUAAACUAAAAUAAAUGUAUUUCUCAAUAAAAUCAAUUUACU